UUUACCAGCGCUAACUUGGCCAGAACAGAAGCUCCGCGGAUCUAAAACUUGCAAUUACCAAUUCCAAUUUCGGGGUCCAAGGAUUAACACACAAGUCGCUGCCACCGUAUCUGUAUCUGUAACUGCCUGUUCAAGUGUGAGUGUACCUGGAAGAGGAAACUGGAAUCGCUGUCGUUUUGGAAGCAGCGAGUCUGAUCGUUGUUGUUCUUGGCUUCUUCGGCUUCUUGGACUCCCAUUCCAUUCCAUUCCCAUUCCCGAUUCCCGACUUCUUGGCGGACACUCGCGGCUGCGUGAUAUUGGCCUGAUCAGUUGAGCGAUCAGUCGACGACGAAGGCUUGCAGUGAACGCGACGUGAAGUGCUGAACUCCCAACUCUAAACUCCAGACUCUGUUUUAGAGCCACCUCGAACGCGCGUUAAAGAACCCCAUUCGUAUUCCCCGCUCGUAGCCAGUGGCAAUCAGAAAGUGAUCCGCGCUCUCAACAAUCCAACCAGCCGAAGAAAAGAUGGCCAAAAUCGUACUCCUCUGCCUGCUAGGCCUCUUGGCAUGCGCUGCAGGUCAACGCAUCACAACGAUCCAUUUAGAUGGAGUGCAGUACUUUAUCAGCCGAAUGAAUCCCUAUUCACCUGAGCUCAACUACUUCCUGGCCUACCAGUACUGCCGUUCCCUGGGCCUGCAACUGGCCUCCUUUGAGACGAAGGAGAAGGCCGAGUCGAUGACCACGUACCUAAAGAAUGCCGGUUACGGCAACUACGAUUUCUGGACCUCCGGCAAUCGCCUGGGCACGGGUAUGUUCCUAUGGAUGAGCACUGGUCUGCCGUUCAACGCCACCUUCGACUUUUUCGAGAACUCGGCGGACGCCAUCCAGGCCGGUCUGCUCGAUCCCGUCGAUCAUAAUAGCAACACCUCACCCCAGCGCACCGCUCGCGACAGCAGCAGUGGCGCCGAGAAAGGAUGCGUGAUCCUGAAGCAGCCCACGCUCAAGUGGAUGCCCGAGGACUGCUCGGCCGUGAAGGACUUCAUCUGCGAGCAGACCCGCUGCUACUACUACAACUACGGCAGCAUCCCCGUCUCGUCGGCGCAGGGUCGUCCCAUUACUUCAACCACCCCAAGGACUCCCGCCUCCCUGCUGAACCUGCAUGUGGCCGUCACGACCACUCCUUUGCCCCUGCUGAUGUCCACCAGUGGAGCCAUGUACACUGCCGCCAAGGCCAAAUCCUCGCCAGCUGGCGGCCACCGACUGCUCGACGACUCGAGCUCUCAGCAGCAACAGCCCUCCUUCAUGUCCUUCAAACUGAACCACGAUCGCUCGCUGCCCGACACCGACUCCGCGGAUGUGGAUGUGGAGGAUCAGGAGCCGGAUGUGGAGGCCGAGGAGCACGACGACCACGAGGCAGAGGGCGGCGAGGAGGAGCAUGAGGAGCACGAGGAGCACGACAACUUUGGAGAGCAUGCCCGCGAACUGGGCAACGACAGCGAUGGCAAUGACAUCAAGGAGCAUGUAUUCCCCCUCAGCGACAACGAACUGCAUCCCGAGAUGCACUCCAUUGAGGAGGUGCAGCAGCAGUUGCAGCAGCAGCAGCAGCAGCAGGAUCAUGAUGCUGAUUCGGAUUCGGAUGCGGAUGCGGUACCAGCUGCUCCGGCUGCGGCUGAGGAUAACGAGAGUGCCCAGCACGAUUCGGAGGGGGAUGAGCAUGAGCUGGAGACUGAAGGCGAAAUUGAGGCGGAGGCGGAGGCUCUGGCCCUGCCCAGCUCCACCACCGAAUCCCCGGCUGCCGCCAUCGAGGAGCGCAUCAAACAGAUUGCCCAGGACUUCCAGAAGAUGGCCAGCUCCCAGGAGCUGCAGCCCAAGGAGGAGCUCACUCCACAAUCCUCCCUGUCCCUCAACGAUCUGAUACGCACUUUGCGGCCCAACGAGCAGCAGAUCAUCCCUCAGAUCGACUCGGACUACUCCAAUGCCAUGCGUGUCCUGGGCAAGCCACUGGCAGGCCAACAACAACUAGGCAUGUCCUUGCGGACCAGCCACUAUAGCCUAAGUUGUGUGUGUUUGUUUGGGUCUGGACGGGGGGUGGGGUCAUCCAUCCCACUGGGAUUGUGUUCCACGGGUUCCACUGAGGAAUGACCAUUUUCGAGAGCCGGCCGGACAUGUCCGAAAAUGACGCUUCUCUCUGAGGACCCCAAACCAGGCCAACCUGGAUGACCACCCCGCUGAAAUGAACGAUCCAGCGAGAGAUUAAAGGAGCUAAGACAUUAAUCUAUAUAUUAAUAUAUAUGUAUUGUAUGCUUUAAAUGUAUGACAACCACCACAAAAAAGGAAACUCUUGAUUAAUAAACGUAAUAAGUAAAUAAA